CCCGUGGGCCAUAAUAAUGACAGUGGCCCACCACCGCAUAUUUGAGCCUCCAAAUUGGUCGGAGCUCCGAUCCACCUUGUAAUGAACCCUUGUUCUGGUUGCUGUUAGCCAAAUGAUUCAUGCGAUGACUAUGGCUGGAAAGAGGUUAUUUGCCUUUGCUUGUUCCGCUUCAAACCCUUUUUCUCAAUCUCAAUCAAAAUAUAAACUUCCAACGUAUUUUUGCUUUCCUCGUCAUUCCUCCGGUUUUUCUGCUUCUCCAGAGGAUGAUUCUUUUGGUGAUAAAUUUCUUAAAUGGCAUAAUGGUGGUGGCACUUUCCACGAGUCAGCUUGCAUUGACUCCACAGCACUUGUAGAGGUUGGCGCUGUAGUUCAUUCAGAAUCUGUUGUUGGCCCAAAUGUUCGUAUAGGUUCUGGAACUAUUGUUGGACCUUCUGUUACCAUCGCUCAUUCAACAAAGAUAGGGUAUAAUGUCACACUUAGUAAUUGCUGUAUAGGUGAUUCAUGUGUAGUUCAUAACGGCGUCUGCAUUGGUCAAGAUGGAUUUGGAUUUUACGUGGACGAUGAUGGUAACGUGAUAAAAAAGCCUCAGACAUUGAAUGUAAUAAUAGGGAACAAUGUGGAAAUUGGUUCAAAUACAUGCAUUGACAGAGGCAGCUGGCGAGAUACAGUUAUUGGAGACAAUUCAAAGAUAGAUAAUUUAGUUCAGAUUGGCCAUAAUGUAGUAAUUGGGAAGAAUUGUUUGCUUUGUGGACAAGUUGGGAUUGCAGGUUCAGCAACCAUAGGAGAUUAUGUGACUAUGGGAGGAAGGGUAGCAGUGCGAGAUCAUGUAUCUAUCAUAUCAAAGGUUCGGCUUGCAGCUGCAAGUUUUGUCACCAAGGACAUCAAAGAGCCUGGGGACUAUGGUGGCUUUCCAGCUGUUCCAAUUCACCAAUGGCGCAGGCAAGUUGCCAGUAGAUGUCAGACUCGGGUGAGGAGUCCUUGAAGUCGGCAAAUGUUAUUUUCAUAGGUUAUUGUAGUUAAAAGAUGUGAAAGGGUUGGCAUGUGUUGUUGAAGUAUGAACGAGGGAAGAAUAUAUGCAUUUCUUUAACAUGACUAAUACGUCCCAAUCAGAAAAUGCUAGCUUCAGGUGAUCCAACCUUCAUAUAGAGAAUAUUAUGUUGUUUUGAACACCCUUCAUCUGAUGAAUGUGUCCAUAUCAACUUAAGAUUAUAGCUUUGUAUGAUGUGUUCUGUGUUGAUUAUAAUCUUUUGACUACUUCCAACUAUAUUGUUAUCAACAGUGUACCAUACAAGAAGUAUG